CGACCUUUUCUGCCCAAUCCCAUCCUCGUGCCGCACCUAGACACCCUCUCAUGUCCUAGAGCUAGAGAGAGAAAGUUAGAGAGAGAGAGGGGGGGCCCCAAGGUGUGGAGUUUGUGACGGACCCAACUCUCAAAAGGGUCAUUCCAGAGAGAGAGAGAGAGGGGAGAGGGGGAUGGAUGUGAGGAGGAUAGUGGUGGUGGUGGAGGACGUGGCGGCGGCGAGGACGGCGCUACAGUGGGCUCUCCACAACCUGCUCCGCUGCGGCGAUGUGAUCACCCUCCUCCACGUCUACUCCGCCGCCAAUUCCAGGAGCCGGAAGAAGCUGAGGCUCCUCCGCCUCCGGGGCUACCAGCUGGCCCUCUCCUUCAAGGACGUCUGCAGCGGCUUCCCCAACACCAACAUAGAGAUUGUGGUCGCGGAGGGCGAUCAAGAGGGCGCGAAGAUCGCGUCGAUGGUGAGGGAGAUGGGCGCGUCGGCGCUCGUCGUCGGCCUCCACGAUCAGAGCUUCCUCUACAAGUUGGCCAUGACCCACGACAACUUUGCAAGCAGCUUCAACUGCAGAGUUCUAGCAAUCAGGCAACCGCCUCCUUCCCCAUUCAGUAGCACCAAAACUCAUGUGACUACACCGGACGCUUCGUCGGUCAACUUGGACUUUUCGCAGGUCGAUAUGACCCCGUUGGACCUACCCGAUAUCCAUCCGCCUAAAAUCCCUUACCGGAUAUGCCCGAAUCCUUCGGCGAUCAUCUGGAGAUCGAGGAAACCGAGGAGAAGACGAGGCGGUUCUUCGAGAUGACCCCAUCAAAGCUGGGUGAACCCAUUGACACACAGAUCUCUCUCUCUCUCUUUUUCUUUUCUCUUUUUUCCUUAUUCAUUGGAGAGUUGGGAUGGACUGGGAUUUAGUUGUGGUCCAUGGUAUGAUCCUUCUCUCAACUCACUCUCACAGAUGACACAACACCCUCAGAUUAUAGAAAGGCUGAAAAUAGAUGAAGAUUGACAGCACAGCCCUACUGUUUUGAGUUCAACAAUCGCAAGCUUUUCGAUUCAUUAGCUCA